CCCUUUUUUUUCUCUCUUCCGUCUAUCAUUAUGGCGUGUUCAAAAAUAUUUUCAGGAAAUAUGCCAGAAUUAACAAGUAAAAUCAUACAAUAUUUACAGUAUGACCAUUUAGCAUUACAUUCAUGUAUUUUUGUCAAUAGAUUAUGGUGUCGUAUAGCAAUUCCAUUAUUAUGGGAAGACCCAUUUUCAAAGAAAUUAAAACUUCCUAAAAAUCAAAAUAUUCUUGAACCUUCCUUAUACAAAUUAAAUGAAGAUGAUAAAACAAGAUUAAAUGAAUUUGGAAUUAAUAAUGAAACAUUUUCUUUGAAUACAUUAUUUAAUUAUUCCAGUUUUAUUAAAUGUUUGGAUACUUAUACAUUUGUUUAUUCUGUCAAAAAGUGGAUUAAAACUAAAAUAUCUGUUAAUAUAAUGGAAUCAACAAAAUUUAUUUUUAUGUUAUUAAUCAAAAUAUUUAUUGAAAAUGGAAUUAGUUUACAUACUUUUGAAGUUGAAGUUCCUAUAACUUUAAGUGUUAUUGGGGAUAAAUGUUUUAAUUCUACUUUUGAAUUAAUUUUAAAAAAUCCAAAUUUUAUUAAUAAUGUUAAAAAUUUAAUUCUUCAUUUUAGUGAAAGAAUGGAGAAUAUGGAAUUUUUAGAAAGAUUUUAUUAUAAUUGCAAUUCAAUUUCAUCACUUCAUAUUUUAGCUUCAAUGGAUGAAGAUGAGCAAGUUGAAAAGAAUUUAUCACAAAUUAUUAAAUCACAACAAAAUCUUAAAAAAAUUUCUUUUGAAUAUCAUUUUGAAUAUACUUUAAAUUAUUUAAAGGAUUCUUAUUGUUUAAAUACCUUAAAAACUAUUAUAUUUUAUGGAAUUCGGUUUAAUAGUAUGGUUGAUUUUAAGGAAGUGUUUGAACAACUAAAUGUUUUAGAAUCUGUUCAUAUUUUAGAUUGUUAUUCUUUAAAUUCUGUUAUUAUUGAGCAAAUUAUUAAUUUAUCUAAACCAUUUAAAUUAAAAUCUUUAUUUAUAAAUGAAAUAUUAGAUAUUAAAUCAUUGGAAUCAUUAUUACAAAAAUCUGGUGAUUAUAUAGAAUAUUUUGGCCUUAGAUCAAGAAGUCAUGCAUCAAAACAACAAUUAUUGGAAGUAAUUAAACGUUAUUGUACAAGGAUUAAGUUUUUUGAAUUAUUUGAAUUUGAUAAAAAAGAACUUUGGCCAACAUUUGAUUUAAUUGAAGAUGUUGGACAAAAUCUUAAUUUUAUUUCCAUUGAUCUCCAUGAAUUUUAUAUAUAUCAAUUAGAUCAUGAUACUGAACUUAGUUCAAUUAUAUUGCAAAAUCUAGGUCAAAUUCUACCUCAUAAAUUAGAAUAUUUAAAUUUAGCUUUCAAGAUUAAUACAAAUGAUUUGGGAAUAUUUUUUAAGAAUUCUCAGAAUAUUUUUAUUAAAAAAUUAUUAAUUAAAAAUAAGAUUUAUAAUGAAAGUGAGGAUAUUUUACCUUAUAUAAAAGAAUAUGUUAUGAAAGAAAAAAGGGUUAUGUAUUUAGCUAUGGAAGAAAGUUUCGGUGAUGAAAAAAAGAAGAAUUUGUUUUCUUUAGAAGAUGAAGUAAAGGAGUUUCAAUUACAUAAUAUUAAAAUUCAAAAUUAUAACGAUUUGCUUAUAGAUAUUUAUGAUUUUGUAAAUGAGAACAAGAGAGAAGUGGUUGGACGAAGAAAUGCUGGUAAUCUCGCCACGAAAUUGUAUGAAAAUUCGACUCCGGAGGAGGUAGUGGAUGUGAUUUCAAAAUUGAGAAAAGAAUCAUCGGAAGACAUGAAUAAAAGGAUGGAUAAAAGGAUAGAAUUAAUUGAACGUAAAUCCAACGGCAAUUACGAAAUCACGAAGUCUGAUUGUCAGCAACGUGGAAAAAAGUAG